AUGCCAGCAAUAAUGCACCCCCGCUCCUUCUCCACGGCCGCCGUGUUCGCCACCACCUUCAUCCUCUCGUUCACGCUUGUGUCCGUCGACCACCUCCUCCACGGUCCCACGAGGGCCCGGAACCAUGUUAACCGUGUGGAGCAUGGGGCGGCGAGGAUCAAGGACGAUAAUAUUUACCCAGGGCCCGGCGUUAUGAGCUGGGCGCGUUGGGGAGGGGGGUGUUGGAUUAUUGAUAAGGCAUCAGAGCCAUGGUGCCACGCAAUCGAAGAAGUACGUGAAUAG